CGCUUGAGCGAAGGAUCUCUAAUCCCUGCUGAUGGGUUGUUUAUUGGUGGCGAUUUUCUUGUGGUGCAUGAUGGUUUGGAGACUUCCAUUGAUGAAGAAUCUCCAUUUCUCUUUCAUGGCUCAAAGGUGAGUCAUGGAAGUGGACGUAUGCUAGUUACUUCUGUGGGAACCAACACCGAGUUGGGUGAGGCGAUGAGUAAAGUGGCCGCUUGUACUCCUGAGGGGAUAACGUUACCAGCUCAACUUGACAAGUUGAGGAAGAUCACGCAGAUUGCCGGGCUCUCAAUCUCGAUUCUCAUUGUUUUAGUGUUGUUACUCAGCCUAAUGCUCGGCAGAUCAAGUCGCGUGGCCAAGCCGGAUCUCCCAGAGCUCAAGAGCAAACCGUCUGCAAGCGUGGAGAUCAUGGAUAUCAUAGAGAGAGUUGUCAAGAAUCCGAGUGAAAAGGCCAGCAGUUUCAUAAAGGCUCCACUUGCCAUAGUUCUA